AUGUCAGGUUGGACAGCUGACCCAGCAUCAUACAAUACUGUUUUGUGUAAGUUUCAAGCUUAUACCAACAAAUUAGGUCAGACAAGUUGCUCCUAUUUUAUUCUUGCUGCUACCAUCGAUCGAUGUCUUCAAUCUAGUCAGAAUGUACGUUACCGACAGAUGAGCUCGAUCAAGAAUUCUACACGAGCAAUUACCAUAAUUUUAAUCGUAUUCGGUAUCUAUCAUUCAAUUCAUGCUAUCUGUUAUGAAGCUUUUCUUACUAUUCCUCCAAUAAAAUGCUAUGCUGGCUCAAAAACUUGCCGUUAUUUUGAGAAUAUAUCAUAUGCGUUAAUCACUAUUAUAGUACCUCACUGUACAAUACUUUUUAUUGGUUGGAAAACUAUUCAUAGUAUUCGUUACUCUCGACGACGUGUCAAUGUUGAUAUUUUUCAUAAUUCAGCAUUUAAUACAAAUAUGGCUUCAAGUAUCACAAGAGUUAUGAGAAAUCAAGUUGCAAAUCAAGCUAAGAUGAGAAGCUUAGGACGUAUGCUAAUUGUUCAAGUAUUUGCUUACAUUAUCCUGACGUUACCUGCUGUUGCUGAAGCAUUAUAUUUAACAAUGACACUUGAAAAAAAAGGAAGCGUAGACACUGAUCUACAACUUGCUAUUGAUAGAUUCGUUUUUGCAUUUACUGGAGUACUCUCAUAUAUGGCCAUAAGCCUUCCAUUUUAUCUUUAUACAUUAGCUGGACCUACAUUUAGAAAAAUACUUAUUAAAAUUGUGACAAAAAGGCGAUGCUGUUUUGUUGAUCAUUAA